AUGAGUAGCUUAUCUUAUUUGGGAAAAAAGCUACAACAUCUUUGUAGCUCUAUAUAUUUGUAUAUGUCAUGUUUAUGUGGAUCAACAUGUUUUCUCAUUUCUUCUUUAUACAAAUCCAUUCUUUUUAAAGUGAACAAGUUUGUCAUACAACUUUUUUACUUCAUCUUCAUCUCUAUUUUCGGUUUUUUAAUUCUCAGAAACUUGAACCUGAGACAUAGUGAAGAUUUUACGUCUACCAAUUUAGACUUGUUCUUCACUUGUGUUUCUUCUGUUACUGUUUCAAGUAUGUCCACUUUAGAAAUGGAGGUCUUUUCAAAUUCCCAACUCAUUGUUAUAACAUUUUUGAUGUUCAUAGGUGGUGAGGUCUUUAUUUCUAUGAUUGAACUUUAUUUAAUAAGACCUAAGUUUAAGCCAUGGAGAAAAAAUAGCAAAAUUGAGUCAAUACUUAGUAGUAGUAGUACUUCUAGUCCAAGAAACUCGAAUUUUAAUAAUGAUGACGAUUAUAAUAUUGAGUUGGACAUUGUCGUUUUACCUGAUUCUCCAAAAUCUAAUAAGUCAGAUAAAGAUGAUUUCGUGUCAUCAGAUAAUAAUCUCAAGUACCAAUCUAUUAAAUUGCUUGGAGUUGUAACAUUAGUUUAUCUUCUAGUCAUCAACAUUGUUGGUAUGUCAUUAGUUUUAGUGUAUUUAGCCUUUGUUUCAAGUGCAAAAGAUGUACUAACAAACAAGGGGAUAAAUACCUACAUUUUCGCGAUUUUCACAACCAUUUCAUCCUUUGUUAGCUGUGGAUUUGUUCCAACGAACGAAAACAUGAUGGUGUUUAGCAAGAAUUCAGGUCUUCUUUUGAUUUUCAUCCCUCAAGUUCUUGUUGGGAACGCGUUAUAUCCAAUGUGUUUGAGAUUUUCGAUUAGGUUGAUGGGAAAAUUAUUCGUGUCCAAGAAAAGAGAAGCUAAGUAUUUGUUGAAGAAUUCAAGAGAAAUAGGACAUCUACAUUUGUUUUCUAGACAACAUUCAAGAUUGUUAGUGGUUACUAUGUUUGGUUUCAUCUUGGUGCAAUUCAUAUUGUUUUGUGUUUUGGAAUGGAAUUCUAAUGGUCUCAAUGGACUAAAUAGUUAUCAAAGAUUUGUGGGAUCAUUGUUUCAAGUUGUGAAUGCAAGACACACUGGUGAAACUAUUGUUGAUAUCUCCACUCUUUCACCACCAAUUUUGGUGAUGUUCAUAGUAAUGAUGUAUCUUCCUCCAUAUACAUCAUUUAUACCAGUUAAAGGUGUUGAAGAGAACACAGAAGAAUAUGUAUUUGAUGAAAAACAAGGAAGAGGAAAAGUUGUAGAAAAUUUCAUACUUUCCCAACUUUGUUACCUAUCCUUGUUCAUUAUUCUUAUUUGCAUAACAGAAAGGAAAAAGAUAAAGGAUGAUCCACUCAACUUUAAUGUCUUCAAUAUCACUCUUGAAGUUGUAAGUGCAUAUGGGAAUGUUGGUUUCACAACAGGAUAUAGUUGUGAUAGGAUGAUAAAUGGAGACCAAACUUGUAAGAAUAAAUGGUAUGGAUUUGUAGGAAAUUGGAGUGAUGAAGGUAAGAUAAUUAUCAUUAUUCUCAUGUUUUUUGGAAGAUUGAAGAAAUUCAAUAUGCAAGGAGGGAAACCUUGGAAGCUCUUGUAAUUA